AUGUCACCCGGGGAAUCCUCGGAACCACGGUCUCUGAUUAUGUCACUUCCCGAAGACGUCAUCGUUGACAUCAUAGCGCGUGUACCAAGAUUCGACUAUCCAACACUUUCCCUCGUUUCUAAGCAUUUCCGGUCACUUGUUGCGUCGUCUGAGCUAUACGCGAGACGAUCCUUGUUGGAGUGCGCUGAACACUGUCUCUAUGUUUUCAUCUAUUGCCGGUGGUAUAUUCUCUGCCGCAAACCAGACGGCAAUCACCGCUUAGUCCUUAUCUCGUCGCUUCCCGCUUUGCAUGGCACUGAGAGCUUUGUCGUGGUUGGUUCGAGGAUAUAUGUGAUUGGUGGUGGGAUUCCAUCGAGUGCCUUUAGUAUCGACUGUAUAUCUCACACGGUGCAAAACCUCCCUAGUAUGCCUACACGCAUGACUCAUACAGUCGCUGGCGUCAUUGAUGGGAAAAAUGCGUGUGUGGUCGAUGACGUAUUGUACUAUCACGAUUCAGUUGAGAAUCGUUUAAGAACGUAUGAUCCAAAGCAGAGGUGUUGGGGAGUGGUUAAUGGUAUGGAAGACUUGUUGGGUGAGAUGACAAGUUUAUUGUGGUCAGAGACUGUGAGUUACGGUGGGAAAUUGGCUUUGUUUUUUCCUAGUAAAAAUGUGAUUUGGACCAUUUGGUGUGCGGAGAUUUCGCUGGAAAGAAGACGAGGAGGAGAGAUUUGGGGUAAAGUUGAGUGGUGUGGUCAGGUUUUGGACCCUGGACGUUUCUACGUAGGAGAAUCUCUAGCUGUUAUGGUUUGA